UUGUUGUUGGUGGAGGUGGAGGGCAGGAACAGGGCAUCGAAGGGGAGCUAAUGAGCAGCAGCAUCACCGAGAGUAUCCGAAAGGUGCUCGCGUUGCAGGUGAAAUUAGACGGGAUAUUAUGAUAACUGAUGUAAAGGGAAGGCCGACAGACACCCGGGGGCUUCUACCGCUUUACAGCUAACGGGAAGGACGCUGACAGGAACAUGAAAACAGCAUGCGGUGACUGAGACUGAGGCCAAAAGUGGGUCCUGUGGUGGCAGAAGCAGCAGCAGGCAACAAGCUUAGAUGAAGGAUGAAGAGCCCAGUGCACAGAUGCAGGGAUGUGGAGCACAGUCGUGGGCAGGGUGGAGUCGGGGCAGGAACCAACUGUCUGCAGGCAGAACAGCGCAUCCCUAUCUCCAAAGACGUCAUCACUUCUUCCUCUGCCUCCGCCAUGUGGUUCAUCAGGGACGCCUGUGGCAUUAUGUGCGCUGUUAUCACCUGGCUGCUGGUGUUUUACGCAGAGUUUGUGGUGCUGUUUGUGAUGCUGCUGCCCUCCAAGAAUCUGACGUACAGCAUUGUGAAUGGGACGCUGUUCAACUUUCUGGCCUUUCUUGCCCUCGCCUCACACCUCAGGGCCAUGUGCACCGACCCCGGGGCAGUGCCCAAAGGGAAUGCUACAAAGGAAUACAUAGAAAGCCUUCAGCUGAAACCAGGGCAGGUGGUCUACAAAUGUCCCAAGUGUUGCAGCAUCAAGCCUGAUAGAGCACACCACUGCAGUGUUUGCAAACGCUGCAUACGGAAGAUGGACCACCACUGCCCCUGGGUUAAUAACUGUGUUGGGGAGAACAACCAAAAGUACUUUGUGCUUUUCACAAUGUACAUUGCACUCAUCUCUCUUCACGCUUUGGUCAUGGUGAUCUUCCAUUUCCUUAACUGCUUUGAAGAUGAUUGGACAAAGUGCAGUUCCUUUUCUCCUCCAGCAACAGUCAUCCUCCUUAUACUCCUGUGCUUUGAGGGUCUCCUCUUCCUCAUCUUCACCUCUGUGAUGUUCGGCACCCAGGUCCACUCCAUUUGUACCGACGAGACAGGCAUAGAGCAGUUGAAAAAGGAAGAGAGAAGAUGGGCUAAAAAAACUAAGUGGAUGAACAUGAGGGCAGUAUUUGGACACCCUUUCUCCUUAUUGUGGUUUAGUCCCUUCUCCACCCCUGACCAUGGGAAGGCUGAGACCUACCAAUAUGUGGUGUAGGCUCAGCACGGGAAAUGAGAUGGUUGGGGUCAAAACUAAAGUGGGAAGCCCUGUCCAGCCCCACAGAGCUCACCUUUGGCAGUCUGCUACUCCCAAAGCUGAACGUGAUUUACACUGUAUCCCCCACGCUAGCCAUGGACGGCUUUCCACCUGCUUUUUGUGUUACCAACUAAGUGCGAUAUACGUUUAUUUCUGUGUUGCCUUGAGUGAGUGGAGUUGCAGAGAAAAAGAAAACACCUUGAGUUUGUGAAUCCUGUUUGCAAACACUGUGAUGUAUCUGUUUUUCUGAACUUCUUCUCUUACUGUUUUUGUAUCAAAAGCCUUCUCUUUUCUUGCUCUGUAUACUCUUGCUUUACUGUAAGGGUUAGUUCUGUUUACUCCCUGAAAACAUGUUUUCAUUUUCCUGCAGUGAUAAAGCUGGCCACACUGAUACUUUUUCGUUUUAGGUGUUGAGGAUUUCAGCUACCACUGAAACCCCAACCACAUCAUUACAAUCGGAGAGAUUAUACAUUAAUUUAAGGCUCCCACUAAUAACUAUUUUUUUAUAAAUAAUUUUAUGAUAUAUCUAUUAUUUUCUAAAAUGCCAGAUAAUAGUAAAAGAGUGCCCAUCACGUGUUCCCAGAUCUCAAAGUAAUGUGCUUAUUAUUUAACCAACAGUCCAAAACCCAAAGAUAUUUAAUUCACUGUCAUAAUAAACUAAGGAAUCCAAUAAACAUUCACAUAUAAGGACCUGUAAACUGUAAAGUUACUUCAAGGGGCAAACUGUAAGAUAUGGCCAGAAUUUUAGAAAAACAUUCUAAAAAACACUGAAAGAAUGAAAUGGUUGGUCAAAAAUGUCUGUGUACUGUGUUGCAAUGUUUACCGAAGUUAGCAUGCAAGCCCUGGCCCACCCUGUCUCCCAAUACCCAGUAUAUCCCCUAUAUGCAUCUAGUAGCAACACACCUCCACUGCUGAAAUGUGACUGCCAGUGCUGGAUUACACAGUACUGGCAGUUGCUGCUACACAUUUUAGUAAAGCGUAGAAAAGGAAAGAACUUACAACUAUAGCUAAAUUGUAUUUUUUCUUGCUACUGACACUUCACGUCCAGACUAAUUCACACAAACAAGUAUACCAUUGAGCACAUAACCAUUCAACUUUACUGAAUGUGUCAGCUCAACAUUUCAAACAAAAAGCAUUGGGUAAAUUAUAUUACUGAAGCACACAAUACUGAACACUGAGCCCCGAUCAUUAUUCUUGCAGAUGGGGAAGAAAACUGCCCUUCAAUCUCACGAGUUGUGCCUAACGUUACAGUAAAUGCAGUCAUAUGUCAGACAAGCAAGGGUUAACAAUAAUUUGUGAAAUAAACAUCAUUUGGAAGAUUUAAAAAAGAUUUUAAAAAGGUUCCAGCUAGAAUGUAUGCACAAAUCGUUACGUUGCAGAAGCUUCAGUCUCCACAAUCAAUUUUCUCUCUAUUCUUCUAUCUUCUACUUCUAUUUGACGACACCUAUCAUAACCUACAUGAUGCUAGUCCAUGCUAAUAUCGAUGCUGUCACUAAUCCAUGCUAGUGAUGUUUUUCUUGCCAGAAAGGCAGUCUGGUUGAAAUAGGGGUGUCACGAUCUCGACUGUUAGUCAAAUAUCGAUCAAAAUGACAUUAUGAUUCUUGACCUUCGAAAUCAAAGGUGGAAUCAAGGAUUUAGGCACGGCCCCAGUGUCAUGUCUGGCAGACAUGCCAGGAGGGGGAAAAAACUCACACACAGCAUGUUGUUGCUCAGCGAGUUAACAUCACCUCCUCUUACAUGAAACUGCAGACAGUUUUAAUACACCAUGGCAACUGCUGAUAAAGGAGACACCUCAGCUGAACUCAAACCCUCCUACUUCUCUGAUACCAACAGUGUGGAAAUAUUUUGCAUUCCUGGUGAGUAAUGUUAAUAACGUUUGUUUUUUUUGACAAUAAUACCACAGUUUAUAAGCUAUGCUAUGCGCAUGUAGCAUACACGUCCAGAGGCAACACGGCAAAUAUAGCAGAACAUCUCCGUAGGUAUGGUAAAGAAAUAGACUUAACUGAGAAAACAACACUGUUAACAAGUCAACCUUUCCGUCCCUCACAUAGAGCUGAACAUCCACAAAAUUUAAAGCAAUAACCAGCACUAUGGGGCUAUUUGUAGCAUCACACAUGCCACCUUAUUCAGUGGUGGACAACCUUGGAUGUAAUCAUGCUAUGAAAUGCCCUGAAGGUCACAUCUUACCAAAAAGGUGCCCUCCAUGUGUGAUGAUGUGAAGGAAGAAGUUAUUAGAGGUCUGAGCAGUGCAGAUUUAGUGGCCUUUAGUGGACCUCCAGAAUGACAAGAUCUUCACAACACAACAUCAAGCAUGCACUCUUCAAAUCUGCUGUAAAGAGUGCACACUGCAGUUACAAGAAAGAGUCACUAGAUGGCAGAUACCGUCUAUGACUUCUCUCCUUAUGUUUACAGUUAGUUUCCAAUUGACUGGUGAAGUUAUUGUAACAUUUAUAUUGUUGAUCAAUUAUUUAAAUCUGACAAUAAGGCACAAAUAAUUGAGAUUAUAUCACUACACUUUAUAGACUAUCUAUAUAAGAAAAAAUAAGAAAAAAAUAAAUGAUUUGUCAUGGCAUAAAACCAACGAUCCUAUACUAGACAAGUCUAAAAAUGGCACAGACGUCUGUGCAACAAGAAAAAAACAAAACAAAGAAAAGAAGGAGAUUCAAAUUGAAUUAUGAUCUUAAAAAAAAAUAAAAAUCAAUUUGAGGUUCUGGAGAAUCGUGACACCCCUAGGUUGCAAUGGUAAUGACUACAUAUGACUAUUAACCAUGUUCUCAGUCUCUCAGAAAGUUGACUUUUUAGACA